AUGGACCGACCAUCACGGAAGACAAAGGCUGUGAAUUACUGUGAGUCCAAAGACUUGGACGACGAUGAGGAUUUUGCCUGUGUGAAAGCACCACCGAGCAAAAAGGCCAAGGAGGGUGUGGGACAGGAGCAGAGGAGAUCUUCAAGCAAGUCCUUCAGCCAGGAGACGAACUUCCAGCCGAUGCGGAGCGAGAAGAGCAGAAAACCGCUGGAUGAAAAGUUGAAUGACAGAGAUCUUGAAGCUGCCAUCACGCUGUCCUCGCUCAAUAACACAGAUGGCUUAAAGGACGCUCCCAACAGUAAAGCAGAUGUCAAAGAUGAAAACACAGACCCAGCUUCUGUGCACCUGUCCAACUGCAGUGUGGAUGUUGCAGUUUUGGGCUUAGACAGAAUCACGUCAGAGAGAAGAUCACCAGCCUCCUCUGGAGAGAGAAAAACUAAAGCUGUUCAGGAUCAAGACGAGGACUAUGAACCCAAACUGACGCCAGAUGUAGAAAGUGAUGAUGAUGAUUACAGUGAGCCGUCCGAAAGCGAAGAGGAGGAAUUUCGAGUAAAGAAAGUCAUCAGGACUAAAAAGGAGAAAGUGGCCAAAAAAGAUCAAACCAAACCAACUCCUGCGUCUAAAAAACAAAAACAACCAUCAAGUUCUAAAUCGCAGGCUUCAGCAAUUUCCACCCCAGUGAGAACUCCUCCAUCAGCCAAGUCUGCUCCCAAAAGACCGGCUCCGUCCACGACAGCUUCUGCAUCAAAGCCAGCUCUGAGCCCAGCAGGUGGCCGAGUACCAAGAUGGACCCCGCCAGCUCAAAUAGGUAAAAGUCCCACUUUGUCUCAGACUCCAGCAGGGAAGUCUCCUGGUCCCAGUCCUGGUCCCAGUCCUGGUCUGCGUCUGGGACUGUCCCGACUUGUUCGAGUCAAACCUCUUCACCCGAGUGUUACGAGUCACUGA